CUGUCAUCAUGACGUCACGGUGUGUCAAAAGACAAUGACGCAAAUAGUACAACAAAAUAUAAUUUAAUCUAAUAAAAUCGUGUAUUGAUUAUUGUAAAAAGGUUUUAGUGAAUAAGUUCAACAUGUUUUGCUGUCUUAAAAGUUGUAUGAAUGGCUUCACGCUUACUCCUAGUGUACCGAUACGAAUUAAAGAAAAUCCAGUACAGUUGGAUACUUUACACAUGGGCCAUGAGAUGGUGAUAAUAAAAGGUGGUCAGCGAGUGUGUGGGUCAGGCUGCGCUCUUGGUAAUGCUCCUCUAGUGCAGAACAAGUCUUAUUUUGAAGUAAAACUCCAGCAAGGUGGAGUUUGGGCAGUCGGUGUGGCGACCAGGGAGACAGAUCUCAAUAGAGUGCAUGGUGGCAUGGACAACAAUUCAUGGUGUCUCAACAGUGACGGCACCGUGCGCCAUUCAAAUAUCGAACUAUAUCAUCUUGCGCACGCGCCUCGAGAGUCACCGACGGCCGAUUUGCUCGUAUCCACAGAAUCUCCCACACACACAGAGAAUGAGAAGCCAGAGAGUGAGAAAGAGACAAACUCAGCGACUGUAAUGCCGGUAGAGGGCGACACAAUCGGGAUCGCUUAUGACCACGUUGACUUAAACUUCUUUUUGAAUGGAAAGAACAUGGAGAUUCCAGUUAGUAAUAUAAGGGGAACAGUGUAUCCAGCGCUCUAUGUUGACGACGGUGCCAUCUUGGACGUAAUCUUCGAGAACUUCCUGUACCCUCCCCCGACAGGCUUCGAAAAGAUCAUGGUGGAACAAUCUCUACUGUAACAAAAGACUUGGGACAUCGGCUGUGUAUAUGGAAAUUGGACAUAGAUGUAUGGCAGAGUGCUACCGUGAAUACUGCUUAAGACUUAUACUGAGACUGUCUAGUGCAAUGAACUAUAUUUUUAAAUAUGGAAUCUUAUAUCUUAUGUCUGUUAAGACUCGUAGAUAACAAGAAUAGGUUGGUCGCCACAGAACUUGAUUUUGGUAGAGAAGUACUUAAUGCAGUGUUACCACAUAAAAUUUCUUCAGAUAUAAUACAGAUAAUUAAGAAAUGUCAGGGCACAAAUAUUAAAGACCAACUAGUUUGCUUAGCUAGUCAAUAUUUUGUGCAUAAAAUAAAUCUUCAAUUAUAAAAUGCGUGUAGUUUUAGUGAUCUGCGAGUCUCAACAAACCUUUAUGAAUAUCUAUAUCGUGACUAUCUUCACUGUAAAGUAUUAUAUUGUGAUCGAAAGAAAACUCCAUAGAAUAUAGUUUUAUGUAGAUAUGCUUUGGUGGUCUAUGUGAAGCGCAUAGAUGUAAGUAAUAUGUUAUUUAUGUCAUCCGCUGAACUAGUUUUUAUGCACAAUGUUAUUGGAAAUAACACUGACUUGUUGAGUACUAAAGUCAAAUGCAAAUUAGAAGUGCAGUACAAAAUUGUUUUACUGGUGUGAUUUAUUCCAAGCAGUCAUGAAAUAUUUUAAAUAAGGCUCACAUUAUUUUACUUAAAAUUCAUGUUAUUAAGCUGCUAAUGUAAUUAACUUUGUUCAGGUAGUACAAUAGUAGCACUAGACUUUUAAAGUACUGGCUUCGUAUUUAAUUUGUUGAGAGUCUACAAAGAAUCUAAAAAAAUACUAAGAUAGUUUUCAAGUUUACAACAGUGGCAACACUUGAUUAAAAAACAAGUAUUGCAAGAUAACUAACACAUUCCUAAAAAAUACGUAGAUAGGUAUUUGAAACGUGUAUGAUCUCCUUAAAAAUAAUUUCUUUGGUGAAUUGGUAAAUGACUGUUUUAAACAAUGCAAUCGAAUAAAAAUUAAAAAUAUUUCACUCUGCACCCAACCGAUUGAGAUUUGACCUUAUAACGAUAUCGAACGAUAGUUUAUAUAGUAUGACAAAAAUUCUAAAAAAACUGUCAGAAAAAUAAAUGCCAGUGGAUAAACAGAUUAUAAAUAAUUAUGCUUAAUUAACAUAAAUUAAUUCAAACGAGAUAAUUUAGUACAUUCAUUUGUUAAAUUAAAUUGAAAACAGUGUGUAUGCCUAUGCACAUUGUAGUUAGGUAUUUAUUAUUAUUGUACUUGUUUAAAAAUCGUUUGUAUGAAUGUGUUGCGAACUUUAUUCAUAUCACUUCUGGUUUGAUUGUUAUAUCUAUAUUUUAGCAAAGUAGGUUUUAAAAUUCAAUGAGUCCAAAUUUUAAAAAUAUUCAAUCAAAAUACUGCUGUCUAUUACUAUUAGUACUUUAUCUAGAAAAGGAGUGAAUUCUUUAAAAUCAGUACCAAUAAUGUAGGGAUACCAGUUUAUCAUUUCUACUUAAAUUGUAUAUAUUUAAUGUAAGUCUAUGUAUAUAAUCAGACUUGAAAAUAUACGUUUGCACUUAAUGAACUCAAAUAAGCUACAAUAUA